AGUGAAGGUGGAUUAGGUGGCCAAAACACAGCAAAAACACUAAGAACGGAUGUAUUAAGGUAGCUCUAACACAAGCUAAACAAAUGGCAAUGCAACAAACUUUCAAGCUCUCCGCAUAAUUAUGCUUCCAAGGGUCAUAUUCUGUAUUGCGGUUUCUUUAGCUGUAAUAGCAGUAGCACUCCUGGCAUUGCUCUCUCCCUUACCGCAUAGAAAGCCGGCCAAGGACUCCAGGCCCUGGUUGGCCUUAUCUCUGUACAUUCAACAGCCCAAAAUCGGUGGCUCAAAUUUGCACUCAGUGGCCCCGUCAGAUGCCGGAGCCCUGGUCUUUCAUCGCACCCUCACAGAGGGACCUGAGAACACUUCCAGGGUGGUUGGAAAAGCUCAAGGCUUCAUAAUUCCCAUUGAACAUUUCGCCCAUUCAGCGUUCAACAUUAUUUACCUCACGUUCAAUUCCCACAAGCACUCUGGCAGCCUUAGCAUUCAGGCCAAGGAGUUAGCCAACAAGGAGAAAAAGGAGCUGAUGGUUGUUGGUGGAACAGGCUCUUUUGCUUUUGCUCGAGGCCUCGCCAUUUUUGCACAAACAGAUAAGCAGGGAUCAUCUCAUUCAGACGCAACUUAUCAUGUAAAACUGCACUUGAAAUUCCCUAAUCGGUCCCAGAUCAUACCUGGAUGAUGAAACGCUACUUCUUGUUGGGACUUCAUUUUGUUCUUGAUUUCUUGGAUUGUAGCUCAUCCUAUAUUGCUGCGGAAAAUUUAAUCAUAUACAUGAAGGAGAUUCUCCAUCAUCUGUCGCUGACUUUAACACACACCGUAUCUUGAGCUGAAGUGUACCCCAAGUCAGCAGGCAUGCGUCACAGUUUAAUCAAAGGGAACGAGAUUUGCUGCUUGCCUGAUACUUGCACCUAAGAUCAAUGAUGCAGUGAAAAGGAUCCAAUGUAAAACUACAAUCUGAACACUUCAAUAUACAAAAUUUGAUGCUUUUUUUUUUU